AUGCGGUCAUCCUCGGUCGACAAUCGGAAAUUCUGCCAUUUCAUUGCCGUGGUGCCGUUGCGUUGCGAUGAGGCCAAAUUGAAGCAACAUACGCCUCAUUAUGCUCAAGACUACCCUCAUAAAUUUCGUUCUUCAGGUUGUUGGUGCCCGCAGAAUAUACCAUCGCCCCGUCUCCGAACGGCCGGCCGCUACCUGCAGCAAUCCAACGGCGAGCCAUUCUUCUGGCAGGCGGAUACGGCGUGGCUGCUGUUCCAUCGGCUCAACUACAGCGCGGCGGAGACCUACCUGUCGGACCGAGCACGCAGGAGAUUUACAGUGGGGCUGCUGGCUGUCGGCUUCACGCAGGAGGGAAUCGUGACCGGCGAACGACAGGCCCUUCCGUCAGCGCCCCGGGGGCAGCGGCGGACUGGCAGCAACCCCUCAUGA